UUCUCAUUUUACAAAUGAAGAAUAAUUCAAAAAUGGUCAAUAAUAUUUCUGUAGAAAAUAAAGAAUCUUUAACAAAUAAUUUGUAUAUUCCAAAUAUUCGUGAAAAUAACAACAAAAAUGGAACACUUCAAAGACAAAAAAUGUGGAAAGCUCAACCAAUUCAAAUUAAAACUACUCUAAGUCCAGAAUUACAACAAAUAGUCCAAAAUGUGUCCCUAAUCUUCUUAACUUUUUCUCAAACAGUCAACCCUUUAAUUGCUCGAAUAGCACAUAAACAUGCAAAAGAAACCUCAGAACCUUUUAUUGGUUCAACAAUUGUUCUUAUUAUUGAAAUUUGUGUGCCAGCAAUUAUUUAUGUUGUACAAAACAACCUUUACUUUUUUGUUCUUAAAAGGGUUGAUGCAACUCUCUAUACUAUGACCUUUCAACUUAAAAUAUUGGCUACAGCGCUUUUGUCAAUGCUUUUAUUAAGUAGAAUUUUCUCACGUAUUCAAUGGGGAGCCCUUUGUAUUUCUGUUUUGGGUGUUUGUCUUGUACAAAUUUCAAAAGAUUCUGGGAAUGAAUCACCCGAACAUAAAAAUGAGGAAUUAAUUGGUUUAUUAACUAUUUUUGUUAUGUGUUGGACAUCUGCUUUUGCUGGUGUUUAUUUGGAAGCAGUUCUUAAACAAAGUUCUUGUGAUAUUUGGAUGCAGAAUAUUCGUAUUAGUUUAAUUACUCUUCCGUUUGCUUUACUCACAAUUGUUAAUGAUGCAGAUAAAAUUCAGAAAAGGGGAAGUUUCUUUGCUGGUUGGACUUGGAGACUUUGGUUAAUUGUAUUAAGUAGCUCUGCUAAUGGACUUAUUGUUGCUUUUGUAUAUGCCGACAAUAUCAAAAAAAGUUAUUGCCAAACUGUGGCACUUGGCGGGACAGCUCUUUUGUCAAUACUUUUGGGAGACUCACAAUUCUCUUUUUCAUUAAUCGGAGGCGUUUCUUUGGUUAUUUGUUCUGUAUUUUUGUAUACAUUAAAUCCUCCAAAAUUGCCAACACUUGAAGUGGCAAAUGAUGAAAAACUUUUAAUGGAUGAGGACAAUGAAAGUAGUGAAGAUGAUGAUGAAGAGAGAUUGGAAACAUUUUUGGAUUACAAAAAAAAAAGUCAAGAUGUUACCCCCAUAGACCCAACUCUAAAACAACAAUCUAAUGAAGCAUUAAUAUCUUUUGAAAGUCCAACAUUUCGCACGGCAGCUUCAAAAUUGCAAAUUGUGAUUGGUAACAUAAAAGAACGAUUGAGCCUUUCGGUUAGUAAUUUUGAGGAAAAGAAGAAUGGCGUCAAUUUUUUUAAAUUAAAAUUUAAAUAA